UGUGAGACACGGUCUAAGUAACGGAAAGGUCCGUCAUCUCCACCAGUCAUCAUGCACGCCGUUUGCCCGCACCUCGGCGGAGUCUUCAAACUUGUAAAUCUAUUACUUCAAAAUGUCAAUUUAAGGUUAAACGAAUACCAAUAUGCGCAAAUCCAUCCUGCGCCGCCAAUUUCCAACCGUGAAGCUGAAGUGAGACAUAUUAAGCUUAUUCUUUUCUCAACGUUUAGCCCCUAAUCCCAUGUUAUUAAAACUAGUUCUGGGAGAAGCCAUGAUGGUUAGUGAUGCGUGAGAAUGCGUUCAUGCAUUCGAUAUAAUCAUUUGGGGAAACACGAUCCCCCAUUCGUCAAAAGGUAUGAGGUUUCCGGUCAUGGUCAUCAUCCUACAGUCCAUAUUUCUGGCUUCCAACGCACUUGCAUUCAUUGCCUCGACCAAUGGCCUCUGUGGCGCCUCAAAUGGACAAGUAUGUACCGGUUCUGUAUUCGGAGACUGCUGCUCGCGUCGUGGCUUCUGCGGGUCUACAAUCAAUCACUGUGGACAGGGAUGUCAACGAAUCUGGGGUACAUGUACCUACAGAGAUCCAAUGGAGUUGAAAGUCCGGCGCCAGAAUCGCUGUGCACAUACGAGCGAUUACACCGACCAGGAGGCCGAUGAUUCUCCUCCUGUGGCAUCCGCCUAUACUUCUCUGAGGACAUCUAGCCAUAUAAAUGGAGUGGCAGAUGCAGAUAUACCGGCAACAGGACCGUACUCUCACCCAACCGGGAUUGGAUAUCAGUCAAAGUCGCCCACAACAGAUAGGGAUGAUGAUCUGGAUACUUUGAAACAUGGGACAACAAAAUUGUCUAACGAAGCCGCAUAUUACGGGCACGAGACCUCAAAGCCGUAUCUGGCAACGGCAUCAGUGAUUGCCGGGUCGGAGACACUGAAGCCUGAUCCGAUCGAAACAUCCACAGAAUCGACAACAAAGAGUACAGUAGGGCCGAUCGAUGUCACUACGACCAAAAACAGCAGCGAAACAACGGCUACAGGUGAAAGUAACCCUACAACGCCGUCUACAACGAGCAGCUCGUCAACGACAUCAAGCAUGACAUCAGCCGCAAGUCCUCUCUCUACCUUUCCGUCGUGCCCCUACUACGAUGGGUACUGCCUCGGCGUUGCCACCACACUGCCACCGCUAAUUUACAUCCGUUGCGGUAGGUCGCUAAGCGGUGACGCCACCAUGGUCCCCGACUGUGUGUCGCGACCCGACCUCAUCUACGAGGGAUCGUGCAACCAGGCAUGCUUCAACGACCCAGCCUGCAAAGCCUGGUCCGGAUCCUACCAAGUCCCGGGCGUCGGGUUUCCGAACGGUACCUAUGCCUGUUGCCACGUCUACGAGAACAUCACGUUGAGGGCGGACGUCCCCCCGGUGGUGAGGGGCCCGCUGUCUCCGUUCUCGGGUAGCUCCUACGGCGUCCGCGGUGUCUGUCCCCUGGGCGCCACCGAUCUGUGUCCGUACUACGACGGACAGUGCGUCGAGGGCGUGCGGAUCCACUGCCACGGGUCCAUAGAAACCGAUGCUGCUUCGGAUACUGGUGCCACGUUGGGGGGCGGCAACUCCCAGUUUGAUUGCCACCAGUCUUGUGUCGAGGACCCGACCUGUACAGCCUGGUCCGGGUUUGAUGAUUUCAUAGAUACCGAGGUUGGAGGUGGUAUCACGUUUAUCUGCUACCAUCAUACUCUGCCAAUCGUUCUGAAGCCGGGUAUCGGUGGAGGUGGUUUGACGCGUGGCUAUGGCGUCAAGGGCUGUUGAUUUGGUAGAUUGUGAUGAUAGUGAUAGCCUUUGCUUCGCUGAUUAGUAUAGUAUAAGCCAUGGAAGU